GCGCAAGCGGCCCACGCAGCGCCGCCGCCAUCGCCGCCAUGGUCCGGGGACCUCAGGCGGCCGGGGCUGCCCUUGGCGCUGCCUGAGUCGUUCGCGCCUCGUGGGCCAGACCUGUGCGCUGCCUGGGCGAGGGUCUCUGGUAUGAAUCACGAGCUUGUGCUAUGAACUUGGUGAACUCUGCUCGGUGCCAACCGUGGAAAUCUGCCGAACUUUGUUGAUUAGAUCCUGGCUCCUCUCCCCAGCCCUUGCUUGCCAGAAGAUGCUGUUGGCUGCCGUCUCAUUGGGUCUCCUGUUGUUGGCCCUCCUCCUGCUCCUGCGACGCCUGGGCUGGGGCUUGAUAGCCAUCUUCUGGUUUGAGUUUGUGCAGCAGCCAGUCCGCAACCUGAUCAUGGGUGACACAAAGGAGCAGCGCAUCCUGCGCCACGUGCAGCAGCACGCCAAACCUGGAGACCCUCAGAGUGUACUGGAGGCCAUUGACACCUACUCCUCCCAGAAGGAGUGGGGCAUGCAUGUGGGCGACGCAAAAGGUCAAAUCAUGGAUUCAGUGAUUCGUGAGUAUCGUCCCUCGCUGGUGCUGGAGCUAGGAGCUUACUGUGGCUACUCAGCCGUGCGGAUAGCCCGCCUGCUGCCCCCUGGAGGCAGGCUUCUCACCAUGGAGAUGAACCCUGACUAUGCUGCCAUCACCCAGCAAAUGCUGAACUUUGCAGGCCUGCAGGACAAAGUCACCAUCCUCCUUGGGGCAUCCCAGGACCUCAUCCCGCAGCUGAAGACGAAGCAUGAUGUGGGCACAUUAGACAUGGUCUUUCUUGACCACUGGAAAGACCGCUACCUGCCAGACACACGUCUCCUGGAGGAACAAGGCCUGUUGCGCAAGGGGACGGUGCUGCUAGCUGACAAUGUCAUCGUUCCGGGAGCCCCUGACUUCCUGGAAUAUGUGAGGGGGAGCAGUAGCUUUGAGUGCACACACUACAGCUCACACCUGGAGUACAUGAAAGUGGUGGAUGGCCUGGAGAAGGCGAUCUACAAGGGUCCAAGCAGCCCCAUGAAGUCUUGACCACACAGCCUGCCCUGAGUUCCCCUUCCAGCUUCCUUCUGCAAGAUGACACACACUCAUUCUGACCCCUCUAUGCUUCUGGAGCCUGUCCUCAAGUGCCUUGGUUUCUGAUUGUCAUACACUGGCACACUCUAACAUUCAUGGGCUCACAGUCCAAAACCAUUACAAUAACCCUGAAAAGCACCUGUGGAUAAAAGGUUGAGUUAAAGCCAGAGGUGCAGUGGCUCACAGUGCCUGCCUAGCAUGAGAGAGGUCUCGGGUUUACUCUUAAACACCAGAAAACAAAAGGGAUAAAAAAAAAAAAGUCAAAGCAGGUAUCACCCUGCUGGUGUCACCUAGAAGAUUCUCAUAGAGUUUCAGUGCCAGAUCCCUAGGCACUGUCAUCAUCAGUCAGGCCCAGUGAGAAGUCAGGCAGUUGGAAAUAUCCAGAUGCUGUUUGGCUGUUUCCAAAUGGCAGCAAUGCCUAUGAGAGUACUGUCACCAGCAGCUCAUAUCACACUUGAUCUUAAGAAUGAGUCAUAAACUUUCUAGGUGUAGUGGUGCACGUCUUUAAUCCCAGCACCCAGGAGGCAGAGGCAGGCAGAUCUGAGUUCAAAGACAGCCUGGUCUACACAGCGAGUUCCAGGACAGUCAAGGCUACAGAGAAGAGACUCUUAUCUUAAAACAAAACAAAAAACCUGAGUUACAGCCUGUUUUCUAGUUAUGCUGUGAUCUUUUAUCAUAAAAGAAAUUAAAGAUCGAAGUAUUUGGAAACAAA